GGUGGGAGAGCCAAGCAGCUCGGAGGUCUGGUCAGCAGCUGUCUGCACGGGUCUGGUGAUCCGAACAGGCGCCUUGGCAGGCAGAUGGCCUCCCGGUGGCAGGGCGUGGGAGCCUCCAAGCGCCGCAAAUCCCUCCAGGACCGGCAGCAGCUGGAGGAGAAUGUGCUGCCGGCCGCUGGGCACCCGGAGGGCUCCGGCAGCACCCUGGGCUCGCUGUGCAGACAAUUCCAAAGGCGGCUGCCCCUGAGAACCGUCAGCCUCAACCUGGGCGCAGGCCCCUCCUGGAAACGCCUGGAAAGCCCGGAGCCCGGGCAGCAGGGCCUGCAGGCCGCGGCGCGUUCCGCUAAGAACGCCUUGGGAGCGGUGUCCCAGCGAAUCCAAGAGUCCUGCCAAAAUGGCACCAAGUGGCUGGUGGAAACGCACGGGAAAGCGCGGAGGCAGAGAGGGGCUCGGAAGGGCAGCAGCCCUCCUCCACGCCGCCUGCAGCAGAGGAGCCCAGCCUACUCAGCCCUGGAACCCUGGGAGAGGGAACGGCGCAGCCUCUCUGCCCAGAAGGGCGCCCGUGCCCAGCCACUCCGGCGCUCCAGGAGAUCAGCUGCUUUCCGAAGCCCCUACUCGUCCUCAGAGCCCCUCUGCUCCCCCAGCGAGUCUGACAGUGACCUGGAACCUGUGGGGGCAGGACUUCAGCAUCUCCAGAAGCUGUCCCACAUGUUGGAUGAAGCCAUUGUGGCCGAGGACAGUGGCGACAUGACGGUUUCUCUCAUUCAUGGCUGAGGACCACACCCUCCAGGAAACCAGCCAGAUCUGACCUCCUCACGCUCAGGACCCAGGAUGUUUCUGCUAGUCCCCGCCUUGCCACCCCUGGGACUCAUCAGUAGCCCCUGCUCACAAGGACCGAGCUGCUAAGGCACCCCUGCUCUCCUGCUCCAGCAGCACCUGGGCCAUCGGUGACUACAGCUGGAGAGUGGCUCGGGUAGCCUUGGAGCACGGGGGAUGGCCAUCCUCUCCCCCAGGGAACUUUUGGGGUCAGAAGUUCAAGGCUGCGGCAUCUUUAGUGUGAAAUCUAGGCCCUGGAUGUUUGCGGGGAGUUCCAGGCUACAUACGUAGAGCGGGGUCUGCUGAAAGCCAUCCAUCUCCUCAUCCCAAGUUUCCAGUCCUGAGGCUCCUAGGGACCUUGCUCCCAUGCCUUCUUCCCCCACUCAAGCCCAGGAAGAAGAAUUAGCAGAGAUCUCCAGCUGAACAUGCGUGUGCACCACAGUCCGGAGCCAUGCCUGCCCUUUGUAAAUUUUUGAAGAAAUCUGUUUUGUUCUUGUACUAGAAAGAGCCCGGCGUGGCAUGUGGCAUUCCUGAAGAAUAAUGCUUUCUUUCCCCUUUUUUAUUA